GGGUGACUCUAAAGAAUAGCGGCCCAAACCGAAACGACCUUCGAACAAAAAAGUGACCUUGAGCAAGGUAUCAGCUGACUGUGUCAUUUUCGGAAGUAAACAUGGAUGUUUUCGAUUACUGUUUGGAUAACGGACUGAUAGCUUUGUCGAAAAUUUGCCAAUGCGGAGGAGUUAUGCAUAUACAAAAAUACACAGAGGCCAUUGAUGGCUUUGUAUACAGAUGUAUUGAGUGCCGAAGGAGGAUAUCGGUUCGAGAAGGAACUUUUCUCUCAAGGUCUAAACUACCUUUGACGAAAAUUUUAAUGAUCGGUAACUUCUGGGUCCUGAAAAGAGCUUAUGGAACAGAAAAUUCAGAAGUGUCAGCAGUGCAAUGGUACAACUACUGCAGAGAUGUUUCCUCCUGGAAAAUGAACACCCUGACUCAAGUUCUCGGAGGAGUCGGCAGCACAGUCCAUAUUGAUGAGACUGUACUUAUAAAAAGGAAAUACAACCGCGGGAGAUUACAAGCAAACCAGCAGUGGAUACUGGGUGUCGUAUACGACACGACACUGCGCAAAGGGUAUAUAGAAGCGAUUCCCGAUCGCAGUGCAGCAGUAUUAGUGCCUAUUAAUAAGCGUUUGGUGUUGCUGGGGACGACUGUUCAUACAGAUGAAUGGAGCGGAUACCGUCAAUUAUCGAAUCAAGAGUAAAUUCAUCAUGUUUUUAAUCAUACGGACAUUUUCGGAAUCCUUUGGAUGGAACCCACACCAGUUCCAGUGAAAGUUUUUGCAGUCGUCUAAAAAGACGUAUAAGAGCGGUUAAUGGAUCGAGAAAUCCCAUGAUUUACAGUUACCUGAAUGAAUUUAUGUACCGAAACUGGUUUCAUAUGACUAUGACGACUCCCAUGAGAAACUGGGGGGUAUUUUUGCAACAUAUACGCGAACGCCAUUCUUUGUAAUUGUUU